AGCUUGGGGUGUGAGGAGCGGCGCCCGGGAGAAAGCGGGUCUUCUCUGCUCGGGACAGUGGCGCAGUCUCCGGCCGGGCGGGAGGCCUCCCUGCCUCACUCUUCCUCGCUAAAGACCGGUGGAGUUUGUUUUCUAUCGGAACAAGUGGCGAAACAAUGAGCGCAUCCACUGCAGUCUCGUUUUCAGGAAGACUGAUUUAGUACAUGGGCAAGUGACCGAAAGGCAGGCUCCCGUCCGCCAGGCCUACGGGCUGUUUCCAGGCAGGAGACUCCUCCGCCGAGACGGCAGGCGGCACCCAGUCGGACUCUGUCGCCGCGCUGUCCCCUGUCCCGUGAAGUGACUGAAGCUCGACGUGAGCUCCAUGCCCCAGGGAGGAAGAUGGGAUCACGAUCCCAGUUCCCUGCAUUGGGAAAUUAGGACCUAGGAAAUCGGGGGCUUCUCGGUAAUUUAGAGGAAAUACCUGUGCACUCUGCACGAGCGGCACAUGGCCCCCAAGACCCCAUGAGAAGAUCCGGGAAGUCCCAGCAAACAUCAAAUCAGACACAAACAGAUUCCCCAUCCCCUAAUCCUGUGUCACCAGUGCCUUUGAAUAACCCAACAAGUGGCCCAAGAUAUGGAACUGUGAUACCCAAUCGCAUCUUUGUAGGAGGAAUUGACUUUAAGACAAAUGAAAAUGAUUUAAGAAAAUUUUUUUCCCAGUAUGGGUCUGUAAAAGAAGUGAAGAUCAUAAAUGACAGAGCUGGAGUGUCUAAAGGGUAUGGUUUUGUCACUUUUGAAACACAAGAAGAUGCACAAAAAAUUCUGCAAGAGGCUGCAAAACUUAUUUAUAAAGAUAAGAAACUAAACAUUGGUCCAGCAAUAAGAAGACAACAUGUAGGGGUCUCUCGUUCUAGUGUAAUGCCAGCUGCUGGAACGAUGUAUCUAACCACUUCAACAGGACAUCCUUACACUUACCAUAACGGCGUGGCUUACUUUCAUACUCCAGAGGUAACUUCUGUCCCAUCACCUUGGCCUUCACGUUCCAUAUCUAGUACUCCUGUGAUGGUAGCUCAGCCUGUUUAUCAGCAGCCUGCGUAUCACUACCAGGCCCCAGCACAGUGUCUACAAGGACAAUGGCAGUGGGGUGUUCCUCAGUCUCCUGCCUCUUCUACUCCAUUCUUGUACCUACAACCUUCUGAGGUAAUUUAUCAGUCCAUAGAGAUUGCACAUGAUGGUGGAUGUGUUUCUCCUCUACUAUCUCUGAUGGAAGCUCCUGUUCCAGAGCCUUAUUCUGAUCAUGGAGUUCAAGCAACAUACCACCAGGUUUAUGCUCCAAGUGCCAUUGCUAUGCCUGCGCCUGUGAUGCAGACUGAAGCAAUUAAAACAGUGUGGAGCACUCAUUAUUAAGACAACUGGGUGGCUCUAGUCCAUCCUGACUGAUUUCUUGUCCAGUGAUCCUUGAGCGAUCAAGAUCCUGCUCCAAGGCACCGGCUAGAAGCUCCCCAUUGUGAAAUUUAGGAUUAGUCAGUGUCUCAACAUACUUAUUUAUUCCACUGUAAGCUAUCUAAAUUUUAUGAAAUUUGGUAUUUCAACUGUUUUACAAAAAUUAUUUAGGUAUAUGUUGUAUGUUGGUUUUUUAUGUGUUAAUCUAACAGUAGUGACAUUUUUUACAACUUGUUUUAUCCAUUCCUAAAUAACAACCACAUUGGGAAUAGUGAGAUAUCUUUAAUUUUUUCUGCUUUGUAUUCUUUUCAGGCUUUUAGAUACUAUGUUUCACAUUCUUCUUUGUUUUAAUAUUUAGGAUAAGAAUCACUUCUCAUUCCAAUAGAAUUUUUAAUACUUCUAUACCUUUUAGAGCAUAGUAUGUUAUUUAGCCGUAAUGAUUUACUGUUACUGCUUUGUUACUUUGUCAUUUAAUAUGCUUUUAAUAUUUUAUUUAUGUUACUGUUACUCCUUAUUUAAUUUUUUUUCUGCCAUGGUUAUUAUAAUUUAAAUAGUAUUUACACUUAUUUUAUUAUAAUAUCUCCCAAAUAUUAAAAAUACCACACACAUGAUCAACAUAUUUGCUUUUUCAUGUGAUUAAUUUGACUAUAUUAAAUUUUUCUCUAAUGCUAGCGAUAAUACUGUAACCUACAACAUACAUUUGGUAACAAUUUUAUAUAAUAUAGAGCUACCUCAUGGAAUUUUGGUAAAAGAAGGGCUCCCCUCUGACAGGCUCCCAUAACACUGACCGACAUUCCACUGGAUUAGGGUGCCUAGAAUGCUUUCAUCUUACAACCUUUUCUUAUUUUUUACCAGUAUACUCAAUUAUAUAUGUGACAUUGUUAAAAGUACAAUUGUUUUUAUAAAAUGCAAAAUUAUUUCUUAAACCAAAGGAAAUGUUAGAUUCUGAUUCUAAAGCCAAUUCACAUUAUAAAAUUGGGAAAUGGCAGGGGAACUAUUGUUCAAAAGAUACAAAACAAACCAGAAGAGGUUUUAAUCACUAAAAUGUCUGUAGCGGUAUAAGAAAUAUCCCUUUUAUAUUCAUUUGCAGUUCUUCCACUAACUUUCUAAUUUUAGAAGAGAGGGGAAGCUCAUAACUGGCAUUACUUUAAUAAAUCUCUGUCUUCCCUCUCCUGUUCCAGCUGCAAAUGUAUUCUCUACUCAGCAGCAGCAGAAACAGGAUAUAGACCCCAGAGUUUUUCCAAGUGUAUCAAAUAGGGUGUUUUCCUUUGAAACCAUGAGUGCAUCUGCCAGUCAGAUGGUAGGAACCUGUGGAUGAAUACUAGCGUACAAGGACCUCAUGUGCAUUAAUUAUUCUCAUUUAUAGAAAUAUAAAUAGACUAAGUUCCACAAUGAAAUUUCAAAAGUUUUUGUUCUGUAAGUACAAACAUUAUUAACCACUGAUGUUAGAGAUCAUCUUUUAAUAGCAUUAUCCUUGAGAAUAAAAAAGUUGAUUGUUUUGAUAUUCAGAUAUUCAACAUGAUACUAAACAAAUGCUGGACUGUUAAUAAAAGUGAUAUAUUAUUGGGCAAGAAAUUUUGAUAAUAAUUGAUACCCAAGUGUGUUUCUUCCACUGAGUUAUAUAGAUUAUAUGCGUUCACACCACUUAUAUUAUGUAUAUGUACACCUACAUAGAUUAUGUGUGCUCUGUAUACACAUUAUAUAUACACAUAUACAUAUAAUUCAUACAUGUACUUUCUUAGAAUUUAGCUUUAUUUUGAGAUGCUGAUAAAACUAAAGAAUUUAUUGACAAUCUGAAUAUAUGGGUGAUAUCUUUCUUAAUGACCUAGUUUGAUAGUGAAAACAUACUUCUAAAAACAGAUUGAGAAGACAAAACCUUUCUUUAUAUCUAAGAAGUGUAGCCCAUUUUCUUUUUUCUAUUUUGUAGUAUAUCUUCAAUCAAUAAUUUUGAAAAGCUUUUACUUAGUACACAAAAAUUUCAAACUGGUAAACUAAUAAAUUAUGGAUUUCCAAUUUUAUCAUUCUUUGUAAGGAUUCUGCUUAAAAUAGCAUCAAUUAAUGUAAUGCCAAGACUGAUUAUAACUAAAUAAAAGUACAUAGUAACAGACUGAAUAGAUAAGAUAUUUAAGGUAUCACUGGUGAACGACACCAUAUUUACAUCUUUUUAAAAAACAUCUAAUUUAUGAAUUUUCCAUCUGUUGAUUUGUCUGUUUUCCUCAUUGAUAAUGUAUUUCUUAGUUAACAGAACCCAAAACUUGAUGAUUUAAUGUUUCAUUGAUAAUUUUCUGAGUGAAGCUAGUAUGUCAACCCCAGGUUUACAUUUCUAUCAAGGUGUGUACCUAUAGAGUAACUGUCAUUUAGUAUUUCUAUAAAGGUGCUGUCGGUCAUAAAUAUCUCUUUGGUGUGCUUCUUGUCUUUGGAGAGCAAGAGAAAGUGACCUCUCUAUACUUAGAGACUAAAGCCCUCCAUCCCUCCUCUGCUAGUCUUCUCACAUCAGCUCUUUUUCUUAUUGAUGGUUGCUCAUCGGAGAAAAUGUGGGGGACUUUAGAUUCUUCUCCAUUUCUUUCUUCGUGGAAUAGUGGCAAUAAAACAUAUCUCUAAUGGAGGGAAAUUUUAGGAGAUGCUAGUUUUGUAUUAUUUUGUUGUAUAAAAAGAGGUUUUCCUGAAGCUUUCAGGGUUCAAAGUGUUCCAAAUUUCUUAGCAUGUAUUUUCUCCCGUGACUUACACUGACAAGUUUCGUGGCAUUCCCUUAGAGUCUUGUCAUUCGUAGGUUUUGGUGCUUUGAAAAGCAUUUUCCCAUUGGAAAUUUCAGGAUAGAAAUGAAAUUAUACACCUCCUCUUCUGUGAGUCCCUAAGCCUACUAGUUGGCUCUUUCAGUCUGAGGACAACACCUGUCUACCUACCUAUCUCCUUUCCAGCUUGUUCUCCAAGUACCUCACCCUUGUUUUGGAUCAACUGGAAAAAAAAAAAUGUGCUGACAUUUAGAAAGGCCUCCCUUCGCUCUGGCUUUCCCCUUUUCUGGCUACUCGCAUUCUCAGGGAUCUCUAUUUUCAGCUUCUAUAGGAUUCUUCCAAAUUUUUUGAGAAAACAACUUUUUGGCACAUUUUUUAUUAGUGAAUAUUGGUUAUACAGAUUGAGUUUCAUUUUCUCAGAUUCAUACAUGCACAAAACAAACUUUGAUCACCUCUGCAUCGCCCUAGACUCUUCUCAUCCACCUAAUUCAGUUAACCUUCUUGGCUGAAAAUGAUAGGACUUAGGAUAUUUAUUAUGUACCCAUUUCUGCUUUCAUUUUCAAAUAAAGUAUUAAGCUAAAAAAUCCAAUUAGGAAUACUUACUUUUGUAAGAGCAUUACCAAAUUCCAACUAUAUUAUAAAUGAUGUUUAAGUUCACAAGUUCUCUCUAUAAAAAAAAAACACACUGAUAUUGAGCUAUAUAAAUAGAGUUCUAGAUUUGGGAAGUUUCUCAAAAGCAGGAGAGAAAAAAUAUCUUCCCCUGUCCGACUUCCCUAAAAUGUGAUUAGAAACCAUGUCCAUUAACCCAAAAGAUUUAAUCCCAUUUGAUAGAAUUUUUCAUAGUAUAAUGUAACAUGAUAAACUUCAGGCAGUAUGAGGAAAGAUAUUUUGGCUUAAUUAAUCCAGCUUAAAUGCAUCUAAUUCAUACUUUAGAAUUCCACUCUUGGUUUUCACACCUUCUUCCUUCUUCCAUUUCCAAACCCAUUGAUAGUCUUCAAUCUCCAAGUUUUUCCACAAUGGUUUCUAAUAAAAGCACGAGCAUUUUGGAAGUACAAGCAUGAAAGAGACCCAAGCCACUUUUGCUUGAACUUUAAUCCUCAAUUAAUUUUGUUUUAUAUAUUAUAUAUAUUUUGAGAUAAAUUUGAAAGGUGACAGGCAGAGUUACUUUUUGUGAUUAAAUCCUAAAGAUCAGUGGAAUUAGGAAGGGUAUGUUAACACAAAAUUUUUUGUAUAUUUUAAAAGAGCCUUGUUUCCUCAAAGGAUGUCAUAGCCACAACCCUAGGUAAUAAUGAUAUGCAGACAUUUUGUGCUGCUCUUUAGCAGACUUGUAUUUGGGAGGACUGGUUCUGUCAUAGCUGUGAGUUAGUUCGUAAAGUAUAUUCUCUGGCAGGUGGGGCCUGCGGUGUUUACAGUAAUAAACUUUCACUCAUAAAACAUUUUAGAUAAAAAUAUUUCUAAGUUCAUCCUUAAAUAUCUCAUACUAUUUGUCAGUCCAUUGUAUCAUCAUUCUGUUUUGUCAUAUCUGUUUGAAUAUAAUCUGGAUCAUCUGACACUUAAGGCUUUGUGAUUAUCUAAAGUCCAUUUAUAGAAAUGCCUGGCUGAUUAGAGCUUGCUUGUAUCAUACACGUGCACAUGCAUGCAUACCAGAACAGCAAGGGAAUGUGAGUCAGAACAGCCAGUAUCAUUGUAACAUUCCUCAUUAACAAGCAGUGUGGCACCCAUUCUAGGCUGGGAACCUAAGGCUAGGGACAUGUUCUCAUUUUUUUUAACAAAUGGCUCUUUGCAGCUUUAACAGAUAUUGUUCUAUUUCUUUGUAAACGGUAUCAAGUAACAACUGAUAAAUCCCCACGUGUAAUUAACAGAUCAAGCCUCUAGUGACAAAUGAUAUCUGUAAAGAGGCUAAUGCUCUCUGGAAGUGGGGUUGCGGGGAGGGAUGAGAAACAAGAGCCUUUAAAAACACAGUACUUUUUAGAUAUAAUUUUUGUUCUGUCCAAUAAAUGUGGACCAUUUUUGUUUAGUCACUAAAAUGUCAAUUCUAAUCUCUUAAAUAGUAGAAGUCUGAAUCAGAAAAUAUUUCAAUUCUAAAAUAAGGAAAUAAAUUAUAAUAAACAUGAAAGUGUUUACUUACAUUUUUAUCAGUAACCUAAGAAUAAACCAGUUCCCUAAUCAAAUAGUGGAAAUAGUUACUCCAGAAUUUUAACUUUUUAGGUUGUCAUGGAAAUUUUUCUUUAAAAGCACUGUGCAAGUCAGCAUUCUUAGAAAUGUAAGGAACAUAAGGUGAGAAAAAAGAGCUUCUAAGUAUCGCAGAAAGACUUUAAUUCCUCUGAGAGCAAAAGGUAUCUAUACCCCGUGCCAUUUAACCUUGGGAACAGGGCAUAUUUCCACGUUUUCAAAAUCAUAAAGUCUAACAGAAACAUGUCUUUUGUUGUUGUUUUCCAUUCCUGCUUAAUAGCUACAAUGUAAGCAUUUAUCCAUCUUUGUAUAGAAUCUAUGUAAUAUUUGCUACUUUUGGAAAGGAUUAUUCAAGAUACAUAUACAUAUCCAUGUCACUUUUAUUUUGUAUAAUUUGAUGCAAUUCUAAAAUACAGUGGUCAAAAUAAUUGUCUACUUAAGUCUUAGCGCAAAAAUUGUAAAAGUGCCUAAGGCUAAAUAUAGCCUAAUGUCACAAUUGUCUCACAACACUGAU